AUGCAUUUGAUGUACACUUUAGAUGCUGAAGGCAAAAGAAUAUACACUUUGAAGAAAACCACUGAAUCUGGUCAAAUUACAGAAUCAGCUCACCCCGCUAGAUUUAGUCCUGAUGAUAAGUAUUCAAGACAAAGAGUUACUUUGAAGAAAAGAUUUGGAUUAUUGCCAACGCAGAACUAG